AUUAGGCUAAUAAUUGAACAACGGCGUUAAAUGAAUGCACUUAGUGCGGCUCGUGCGCCUAUAAAUGAGCAGGGCGUGCGCAGGUCCCUGUUUGCAGUCAUGCGGGCGGUGCGGAUUUUGCGGGUGUUGUGGACGCUGAGCAUCGCGGCCUGGACUCUCUCUGCUCUUCUGCCAGGUGUUCGUGUGAGUGCCCAGGAGCCUCUGCGCUGUCGGGUUGGCUUCAUUCCGUGUAAAGAUGGUUCUGAGUGUGUGCUUCACAGCCAUGUGUGUGAUGGAGAGAAGGACUGUCCUGAUGGCUCUGAUGAAGAGGCGUGUUCCUCCGUGUGCACUGUUGGUCAGUUCCAGUGUGCUCAUGGGAAGAUGUGUGUCGAGAAGAAGCAGUUGUGUGAUGGUGUAGCACAGUGCCAGGACAGAUCAGAUGAGGUGGACUGUUUUAACCCAGAGGAGGGCUGCUUUCACCGCUGCGACAAAAAACGCUGCCUUUCUGAAUCGUUUAUCUGUGACGGAGAAGCCGACUGUGAAGACGGCAGUGAUGAAGCUGACUGUGGCGACGGGCGCUGCAGCAGUGGUGAAUUCCAGUGCAGUAACGGUCAAUGUGUGUCCAUCAACAUGCGUUGUGACAGUUAUCCAGACUGCCAAGAUCACUCGGAUGAGGAUGGGUGUGUGUCACAGGCGGAGUGUGCUGCUGAUCAGCUUCAUUGCCUAGACAAUCAGCAGUGUGUGCUGCAGGAGUGGAUCUGUGAUGGAGAGAACGACUGCAAGGACAUGUCCGAUGAACAGAACUGUACAGAGUCUUCGGUGGAGUGUGGAGAGUUUCAGUGGCCGUGUGCGUCUCAGACUCGGUGUGUUCCUCAGAGCUGGCGCUGCGAUGGCACCAAAGACUGCAGAGACGAGAGCGACGAGGCCGGAUGUGAGCCUGUAUCUUGCCCCCCUGAUCAGUUCCAGUGCGACAGUUUGGAGUGUUUGGACCCCUCGCUCCUCUGUAAUGGUGACGCUGACUGUGCAGACAAAUCAGAUGAGGGAGGAGCCUGCAAGAGUGACACAUGUUCUGACCAAUCGCAAUGUGCACAGGACUGCUACAGAGCGCCCAAAGGAACACGCUGCUGGUGCAGGAAAGGUUACGAGCCAGUAGACGGUGGGGUGAAGUGUGUGGAUGUGGACGAGUGUGUGAAGACUCCAGAUGUGUGUGAUCACUCCUGUAUGAACUCGGGUGGCUCGUAUGAGUGCUCCUGUAAUCGGGGUUAUAUCCUGGAGCCUGAUGGACACAGCUGUAAGAUUACAGGUAAAGAGGAAAAUGAGGGAUACCUGUUAGCCUCUAUAGAGUCAGACAUCUUCCUCGUCAAUCUCAGGAGCACCACCCUCAAAGUUCUCUCCUCUGAGAAGCAACCUGUCCUUUCUCUGGAUUACGACUGGAAGGAGCAGAAAGUGUACUGGAUAAACAUGGAUGCUGAGGCUAUAAUGUGGACUACACUAGACCAGAAUAGCAGAGGAACGCUAAUCCAAGGCAUCAGGACGGAGUGUGUAGCAGUGGAUUGGGUGGGGCGGAACCUGUACUGGACAGACAGCGCAGAAAGACAAAUAAAUGCAGUGUGCUUGGACGGUUAUAGGGCAGAGCCUGUGGUCAUUGUGGACGACAAUGUAGACGAACUGCGUUCACUGGCCUUGCUACCUCAAAAAGGUGUGAUGUUCUGGUCAGAAACGGGUGAUGAGGCUCAGAUUGAGAGAGCAGGGAUGGAUGGCUCAAACAGACGAGUGUUGGUGCGUCGCUCUCUGCACUGGCCUGUGGGUUUAGCAGUGGAUCUGCUUCAGAACCGGCUCUACUGGGCUGAUGAGAAACUGCCCUGUAUCGGAUCAGCCACACUGGAUGGAGAUGAUGUUAAAAUCCUGCAGCUGGAGACUCAGAGUCCAUUCUCAUUAUCAGUGCUUGGAAAUUUGGUCUACUGGUCUGACAAACACAGAGGAACCAUCCAGAAAGCUCAGAAGAUGACGGGAAAGCAGCAAGUGGUUCUGCUCAAACGGCUCGGCCAACCAUUGAGUCUCAAGGGAAUCUGCAAAUGCCCACUUCAACUCCUGCUGAAUGAUGAUGGACUGACGUGUUCCAAGCUAGAUGACCCCUUCCUUCUGCUCAUGUCCCCCACUUCAAUAUCACGGGUCUCUGUACAAAGCAGAACUUCAGGCAUUGGUCUUCAUGACUGGCCGGAGCAUCAGAGAUUUGAUCUCCCUGAAGCGAAGGUAGCUACAGCUUUUGACCUGGUCCUGAGGGAACAGGUGCUCUACAUUUGGGACGCAACCACUGGUGCCAUGGGCCUGUUUAAACUGAAGGAGGCGGGUGUAACAUGGCGUGGGACGCUGUUUAAGCUGAGGAAGGGUUCGAUAGCAGCGAUGGCUGUUGAUUACAGCACACUGAAUGUGUUCUGGAGCUCCACAGAUCAACCUGGUGUGUACGUGACUUCAGCAAAUGGAAUAAACACUGCCCUGAUCAUUGACAAAGGCAGGGUGCAGGCCAUCGCUCUGCACCCUCCGUCAGGGCGGCUGUGUUUCAGUAAUGCUGAGCUGCAAGGAACAGGAACUCGUCUGGAGUGCACCUACAUGGAUGGAGGGAACCGCACUGUGGUUUGGGAUGGAGCCAUUAAUCCAGUCUCACUGAGCCUCUCGAAUGAUGGGACCAUGCUUUACUGGGCCGACACUAGUCUGGGACUCCUCACCUCAGUUAGAAUUGAUGGAUCUGAACAUAAGGUCUUGACAAGUGAGGAGCCUGUAGUGGCGUUCACAUUAGCCAGCAAUAUCCUUGUCUGGCUCACAAAGACUGAUUCCAUAAAGUGCUGGUUCAGUGAGGAUCAUCAGACAGCGAAGAUGUGGUUUAAGGUGAAAACGGACGUGCUGGACAUAAAGGCUUUCCAUAAACCCAGUCAGAACGGCACUAAUUUGUGCUCCAGUGGAAAUGGUGGCUGCAGUCAGCUGUGCUUGGCGUUUCCAGGUGGAAGGACAUGCCGCUGUGGGUGGGGUUUCCUCUCCACUGAUGAAAUGAGCUGCGGCAUUGACCCACGAUGCCCAUCGGGCACCAAGCCAUGUCUCCGUGGAGAAGAAUGUGUACCCCUAGAGAAGUUCUGCAAUGGUGAUCCAGACUGUACUGACGACUCGGAUGAGAUCUGUGUCCAAGACCAAGCUAAAUCUGCUGAGGGUGUUGCUCCAAAAGUUCGUCCCAGCUCUAAAACUCCACUUCCACCACGGCCAAGAGCUUCUGCUGGCCCUGGUUUAGUGAAGAAAAUCAGCACCAGCAUUGGCUUGUCUCCAAAAUCCUUCCAUCCAUCUGUUCCUGAAGUAGUGGACAGUCCUACGUCUCUCAGGCCUGACCCGAGUGACGUUAAGGUGGAAAGUGUGGACUCUGAAACGUGUGGGGCGAGGCAGUGUAAUGGGAACGGCGAGUGUGUGUUGGAUGGACAGAUGACUUGCAAAUGUGCGUUGGGUUACGGAGGAGAGCACUGUGAGCAUGAGGUCGGCGGGAUCAUGCAGGGGCCGGUCAUCUACGCCACCUUGGGAUUGGCUGUCGGAGUCAUUGUCCUUGGACUCAUCGUUGGAAUUAUACAGAAGAAGAAGGCUGCAAAUCGGAGGCAAGCAAGACCGAUCGUGAGGGAAACCAGUAUGAGGGAUCUGUCAAACAGACCCCAGGCCACACCCACACAACAGAACAGCAAAUCGACAGAUCCCGAGAACCCAGAGGUCCUUUAAAGAUGGACAACUUGAUUUUCUCAAACCUCUCUGUUGGUGUGUUUAAGUCUAACUCUGAUUUCCUCUCAGCCACAGGUUGUGAUGUCAUCAGGGGAUUAGGUCAUGUCAAGCUUCCUGUGCAGCAUCUUUUCAUGAAAUAGUUGCUGCUGUUU